AUGAAUCGCAAUUUGUGGUCGACCCCAAUAGAAAAACUUAUGUUGUGGAGGGGAUGUUGGACUAAAUACGAUCACAAAAUAUCAAAUACUUUCCUUCGCGUACAUUACGACCAAUUAUUUUUUACAGCAGAUACAAAGAUUUUAGAAUCUUUCAACAUGAAUCACAAAAUAAAAGGAAUUUAUAAAGAAGAUGUUGUUAUAUUAAUUGUGAGCAAUUCUUCCAAAGAAGUUAGAAAAAUAAAAUUUCAAAUAAAAUCUAACGUGCCAGAAUGUCUGUCUCUGCUUAGUGAGCACUUUCCUGUAAUUAACCAUCACAGUGUGCAAGCCAGCUUACCAAUUAACGCCAAAUAUCGCGACUUAGGCGAAGUACUGAACCACGCUCUGGAUCGCAAAGAUGUAAUGAGUACUAAUAUACCAGACCUAAGAAAUUUUGUUAAAAUGUGCCUCCUGGAUCCUUUAUUUCCGCAAAUGGUUCUAGAAGCUGAAAAUGUUGUAAUUAAAGAAAUAUUAAAGAAGUAG